GCGUUCUUCAUUUCUUCUGUGUAGAUAUCCGUUGCACUCAAACCGACACGCGAUCCCUCCAUUGUGGGGUAUGACACGCCAUCGCGAACUUUCAACGCGAGGUUCGAAGCUUCAUCACUCAACGAACCACCGCACCCUAAACGCACGACCAUCACUCACAGUUGCGGCGCAUUAUGCAGCCCUCACCGCUCGCCAACCCGCUGGCUGCUGUAGCCCAGCUUGAGACCUCCGGAUCGCGGCUCGACGGAAUACCUCAAGAUCUCGAAGACUCAGUUCGCUAUGCUGGCGCACGACUUACACAAGCUGCUGGUGUACUGCUCAGGCUGCCACAGGAGGUUAUCGCGCAAGCCAUCAUUGUGUUCAUGAGGUUUUGGGUUGGUGCAGAAGGCGGGAGUCUGGCUGAGUUUGGUGCUGGGCAAGUGUCAGCUUCCUCACUAUGCCUUGUCACGAAGCUCUCUGCAUACCCCAAGUCGGCGCGUAGUCUCGUCAACGUCUAUGCCUACCUUGAUGCGUUCCCUCUCCCUCCAAUGCACACCGAACCAAAAGAGGGCAAGGCCGAGAUGUACUAUGUCUCUGAAGGCACAUACGAGCGUCGACGAGCCUCACUUUUCGAGACCGAGCAGCGCAUCUUGAAGACACUCGGCUUUCAGGUGCAAGCAAAUCUACCGUAUACCCUCUGCAUCACCUACAUGCAGGCGCUGGACGUCUUCACGCACCCACGCGUUUCAGAGCUCGCCAAACGCGCUAUUGCGCACCUCAACACUGCUUUGUUGAGCCCUCAGCUUCUGUACCUUACACACCAACCCCCAAGCCUGGCGAUCGCAGCGAUAUAUCUGGCAGCGAGGGAAGCAGGCAUCAAGCUGCCAGAAGCUGAGUGGUGGGAAGUCUUUGAUACAGACAGAGAAGAGCUCGGCUUUCUCUGUGUAGGAUUCUUGAGUACGGAAGGAUUUGCAGAGCAAGAGAAGGAAAGAUGGGCUGGGCGAAGGGUACCUCUGACGGUUGAAGAAGUGAACGCUGAGAUCAAGAGGCGGAAUGAGGAGAGCGAUGCGUAAGAGAUGACGGAUAUAAUGGCUCUAUCGACCGCUCACCACAGAGACCCACGUGCGCCUUCAUCACAAGCUAGCGACUGGUGUGCGCAGGUUUAAGAUUGACCCCGUUCCAGGGCUGGAUCGUCACAAUGUGUGGUGUCCGGCGACACUGUUGCGAGGUUGUUUCCAGGGCCU